AUGCUUGCACAUUUAGUAUCUGAUGAUCUCUACUACAUUGGAGUUCAUGUGAGAAGAGGAAUGGAUAUUGAAAUGAAUGAAAGAAAUCGUCGACAUGGCCAUAUAGCAGCUCCUGUUGACUAUUAUAAGCGUGCUAUGGAUUUAGCCAAAGGCGAGAGAGAAAAUGUCGUGUUCGUAAUCUGUUCCGACAAUAUCUCUUGGGCAAAAAAGAACCUUCCCAAUUCGGAAAAGGGAACAUUUUUCUACUGCCCAGGACAGCAUCGUGAAGUGGAUAUGGCAAUACUGACGAAUUGUGAUGCUCUUAUCCUUUCCACAGGGACUUUCUCAUGGUGGAGCGGAUUUUUGAAUCAGAAAGCUUCAAAGAUCAUCUACUACGAUGGAUGGCCCCGACCGGGAUCUGAUCUUGCGAAGAUGGUGAACAAGUCCGAGUUCUUCCCC